AUGGACGAGGGCGCCGGUGAGAGGGUUGAGAAGGUGGACGGCGCUAGUGUCCUUGUCGCAGAGGACGAGGAGUCCAUCAACGAUGCCGAAGCAGUGGUGGGUGGAGAGCUCUGGGCGGUCGACCUCGGCACGUGCACUAGUGCAGAUGUUGAUGAGGCGGCGGCGCGACGGGGAUGCGCAGUAGGAGACCGCGAUCCAGUGGUGGGGGCGGAAGCGGGGGUCAAGCCCGCCGCCGGACAAACUGGGGUCGUCGGUGCACUUGCGCCAGGGCUUGCACGCGGAUCGGAGACGAAGGUACUCGGAGACGUCGUCGAUUUCUUAGUGGGAUGGCAGACGCAUGGGUACAAGCGGCCUGAAGAUCUCACCAGUGACCAAGUUAAAGCUGAGGCUAAACAUGGAUGGCUUACUGACGAACAGUAUCUAGCUAUUCUUUUUAACGCCGAGUACUACGGUGACUUGAUCACAGACCCGCCGUUUGAGGAAGAACCCUCAAAAGAGUGGUUGGGUCGAAUAUUUCUCUGCGAUCGAACGUUGAAGUUACCUGAGGAGUGGCCGCAAUCGAAAAAUCUUAUGGUAGAGGUCAAGGAUGCCGUUUUCAUGUUCUGUGAAGUGAGUUUCACCGAAGCCUUGGAGAGAAGAUUCUAUGUUACAGCAUCUAGGAAUUAUUUCGGCCUCUACCACUACCACAGUAAUCGGAACCUAGAACAAAUCGAUAGAGCGGCAACGAAGACCACCAUUGAUCGCAUAAAGGCUGGUCUUGAUGAUGUUCUUGGUGCUGCUUCAUCAAAGAAGACCUAA